AUGAACUGGCUCAAGUCGACUCUGGCCAGUGUUGCCGGCACGCAGGAACCGAUCUACGGCCCCGAAGCCAUCCAAUCCGUCGCUAAGCAGACCGAAGCUACUCGUUAUACCGAACUCACCAAGGAGGAUUUGCGGUGGCGCGCCCUCCAAUACACCAAUGUCGAGACCCAGACCUUCUAUGCGAUGGGUGAUAAUGGCACUCUGGCGAUGGUUCAGGUCAUCUACAGCAAUAUCGUGGGCAUCCAUACCACCGCCCAGUUCAACUCGAAGAUCUUCAACCUCAAAGGCGACGGUCCCCACAACUGGCACUCCGAUCCCUUGUCCAAUUUCAUGUUCGAUGAGAAGAUGCUCUCGUUUGGCGCUGACAAUCUGACCGUAUCCCUCAACGAAGAAGGUACUGCCUACACUAUCCGGUCAGCCGUAAACGAGGACAGCGUGGUGGAUUUGACCUUCUCCCGGGCCGCUCCUGGUUUCGUCAUCGGUAAGGAUGGAACAACAUACUUUGGCACAGAUGCCGAGAACCCUUGGGGCUCGAUGCACCACGCCUUCUGGCCCCGUUGCACAGUCCAAGGAACCAUCAAGACCAAGGAAGACAUUGUUGACCUUGGGGGUCGAGGCAUGUUCAUUCAUGCGAUCCAGGGCAUGAAGCCGCAUCAUGCUGCGGCCCGCUGGAACUUCGUCAACUUCCAAACCCCGUCUUACUCCGCUGUUAUGAUGGAAUUCACUACACCUCCCUCGUAUGGCUCGACUGUCGUUAACGUCGGUGGUAUUGUGAAGGAUAACGAGAUUGUCUACGCUGGCGUCAACAACACGGCCACCCACACUGAAACCGCGAAGGAUGAGGAAAGUGAAUGGCCUGAACCCAAGUCCAUCAAAUGGAACUGGGACGGCAAGACGGCAGACGAGAAGGAAUUCCAUGCGGAAUUGGACGGUUCUCUUGGCAAUCGGAUGGACCGUAUCGAUGUUAUGGCGGAGGUCCCAGGGUUCAUCAAAACAAUUGCAGGCAGUGUUGCUGGCACGAAGCCCUACAUCUUCCAGUACGCACCGCAAGAGAAGCUGACCCUGAAGGUCAAGGUUGGCGAUGAGGAAGUUGUUGAACAGGGAACUAUGUUCUCCGAGGCUACUUUCAUUUCAUGA